CGACUACAGCAGAUACUAGCACUUGCUUCACAACUCAACACAACACAACACGGCAUAGCACAGCAUGCCGCAUCCAAAACCGGUUCUGUUGCUGUUCUCGGUGUUCCUAGCGUUCGAAUGCAUUUUCUGGUCUUCGUUGGGCAGUGCCUCUGCCUUUGUCGGUAGCAGCGGGACCACCACCAGCAGCAGCCGCAUCCGUUCGAAGCAACGUGUUGCAAUCCACGAUGCCGUUGUUGUUGUUGCUGCUAGUGCCGGUGCUCCUGCUGCCACCGAAGACGAGUCCGACACGUUGCAACCACUACCGGCAAGUCCCGCGAGCCGCAAGCCGGUCUCGAAGAACGGCAGCAGCACGGGCMGGCUGCGCUUUUGCUACGAGCGUCUAUCGCAAAAACCUCCCAGCGACGAGUUCCUGCUUCGAACCCCUCCCCUCGAAAUCGCCGGCCUUCUCCGUGACGUUCUGCGCGACAGACCACACAGCAACGAAAUCAUCACCAMCAACAAAAACGAGGACGAAAGCGCUUGCGGCAGCCACUCCAAAUUUCUUCUGCCGGAAGAAUCGUAUAUUGCUGUUCUGGAUGCCUACAUGGAGGCCUAUCGGGAUUCGAAAGGCCAACAGAAAAAGAGACGAAAAAACACGCGUCAAGAUCGGCAGAAACAAGGAGACGAAACCAACCUAACCCGGGAGUCUGAUCAACACCACUUCCAACAUGCUCGAUCGGAUCCUCCCGCAAUGAAGGAGGUCUUCGACGGAAUGAUGGCAACGAUUCAAAUAAUGAACGAACACGACAAGAACGCCAACUCCUGUAGCAGCGAAAUUGUCUCACCGGGGGAAGAAAGGGUUCCCGAACACAGAGAGAAUGGAGCAGACCGGCCACCGGCCACCGUGCGACGAACGGUGGACCCCUACGCUACCGUCCUUCACGCGCUGCUGGAAUCGAGCCUUCAAGAUCCAYACGCACCCGGACAAGGUGGCGACACCGACCACACCGAUCGCUACUACGCUCGAGACCGAUUGCUUCCCGUCCUGGCGUCGAUGGAAUCCGAUCCAUUCGUCGCCGGCCGCGCCGAUGCAGCCGCGGUUGUGCGCAAUCRCAAGGCACGGAUCCUGCAGUACAACAAGGUCCUGAAGGGUUUGGCCUCUCGAUCGGAUUCGUGUGGACACGCCCUAUGGUUGCUGGAGCGCAUGGUUGCUGCCGCCGACGCGGAUGCCAGCCGCAGCGGCAACGGCGACGGCAGCGGCGGGCAACCCGGCGGUACGGCAGAGAAGAAGCCUUGCGGCUCCGGGGAAAGGGAUCCUUCGCCUCUGCCUUGGUCUCCGCCACCUCCGCUGUUUCCGUUUCGACCCGGUCCAGGAAUCGCACCGGACGCCAGGUCCUUUGCCACCGUGCUGGGAAGCGAGCACAUGGGCCCGGCCUUGCUCUCCGUACCACUGGGCGCGGCGCAAAAUGCCGGUGCCGGCAACGAUGCGGGCGGUCCGGCUCGUUGCGCUUCGAAGGACUUCGUCGACGCCUAUCGCGGCAGCGGCAGCGGCAACAACGGUGCCGAUUCCCUGGUUGCAAAUGCAUCGUUUCGGUGGUACAUAGACGCGUCCAAGCGAUUGGGGGUAUUUGAUGGGUACCUCGAGACCUUUUUGAAGCGGCGGUUCCUUCUUCCCGACCAGUGACAAGCGCGGUCGGCAACACCACCACCACACCAUCAGCAUUCGCGUCCGGGAAGGGCCAUGGYACGGUACUAUAGCUAAAACACCCACACCUACCGACGAUGUUUUUCUCGACAUGCGUUUCUCACAUAAUCGAGGAUAGAAGAUUCGUUUGGCGCAUACUAGUAUCUGUUCACCAAUUGACACUUCAUCAGAAACACCAACAAACUCAUUCUUGUUAGGAAGAGGUUUACGAGUAGUACUACUAGUAGUACUAAUAGAGCUACUAAGUUUGC